AUGACAGAAACGGACUCAGGUUAUGAUCAUGCAUCGGGAGAGGAGGAGCACAUACUCAAGCUCCCCAACAAUAGGCAAAUAGCCUACGCCCAUAAUGGGCCGAAGACCUCGAGAACGGUCGUCAUAUUCUUCACCGGGAUCAUGAGCGUAGGCAUCGCACCACGAGUCCCCAAACCCUGUCGCGAGAUCGGAGCGCACUGGAUUUCCCCAACUCCGCCGGGGAUGGGCAACUCCAGCACACGAGAUACUUCAGUGCCGUACAGCACUUCCCUCGCGAGAGACAUAUCCGCCCUACUCUCGCAUCUGUACCCGACAGACGACUUCGAUAUCUUAUACGUCUCUGGCGGAUCCUACGGCACCGUGGCUGCGCAGAUGAUCUAUGGCGCACCAUACGAGCUGUUUCCGCCAGGACGGAAGAUUGCCGGCUGCCUCUUGAUGGGCGGGUUCGCGCCCCUAAAAUACUACGCUGGCUAUGCAAAGUCACUGAGUUGGCAGGGAUGGUUCUCGAUCGGCCCGCCGACGCAGUUCCUCCCAUUUCAUCUUAUUCAGUGGCUCUUUCGCGCGGCGGUCGGAUUCAAACUGAAGACGGCGGCAGGUGCGAAGGCGUUUCUGCGGCAGACGCUGAUCGACAUCAUGGAUGACGAGGAGCAUGCUACUUUCCAGUCCUGGCUCAAGGAGAACGGUCUGACGGAGGAUGCGUUUGUAGAGAGUAUGGCUCAAGGCAUGACCCGGAGUUGCCAGAACUGGGAUGGGACGAUGGAGGUGUCGGAUGUCAUCCAUUCCGACUGGGGGUUUGAGCCGAAGGCGCUGGACGAGACACAUGCAUCGAAGCCAGUGCUGGUUGUGGGAUCAAGCGCGGAUCGAAUCGGUGGAGCAACAAAUGACUGGAUUGUAGAGAACUAUAAGUCGGCCAGCUUGAAGGUCAUCCCGGGAGGGCAUAUUUCGUCGCUAUUCUACAUGGAUGAGAUCUGGCAGGAGAUGAUCAACUUGACCUCCAGCUAA